CCUCUAAGAUCCAGUGUAGCAGAGCUGACGGACUGGUGUUCUUGUCAGUAAUUUGUUACCUAAAAAUAGUGAUUUAAGUUAUGGUAUAUAGUUAAGUGAAAAUGAAGUGUUUUAUUGUUUUAUUUGGUGUGACGUUAUUGUGGAGAAGUGCAGUUUCACAGCAAUGUCAAACCCCGCUGGGGAGGACUAGCAACUGCAUAUCACUGUAUCAGUGCCCCAGUCUAGUCGCCGUGUUCGAGCAGAACCCACUCCCGUACGAGCUGGUUGCCUUCCUCAGGCAGUCGCAGUGUGGGUUCGCUGGCAAUGUGCCCAAGGUGUGCUGCGGACCCCUCCCCAACCAGCAGACUGCUACUACCACGCAAAGGUCACAAGUGACCCCACGUCCGCAAUUCAACGGUCAGGCAGACCCGGUAUCCUCCGAAGACUCCGCGCCGUACCCCCGAAAACAGUGCGGUAUCGACACCAAUGGUGACAGGAUCUACGGUGGAGUGGACACGGAGCUGGACGAGUUCCCGUGGAUGGCUCUCCUGGGAUACCAGCCUCGUGACUCUAGCAAGCCGCUGACUUAUCAAUGCGGAGGGGUGCUGAUCAACCGUCGCUACGUCAUGUCGGCUGCUCACUGCGUCGUCGGCGAAAUCGAAAAUGUCGUUGGCAAACUGACAAGUGCGCGUCUCGGCGAGUACGAUAUCAAGAACAACCAGGACUGCCUGAACGGCGUGUGCGCGGAGCCGGUCCAGGAGAUAGCGGUGAUGUCGGCGCACCCACACCCCGGCUACUCCGACAAGAACACCAAUAGGCGCGACGAUAUCUCCCUCAUCAGGCUGGCGAGACGAGCCACACUUACUUACUACAUCCAACCUAUCUGCCUAGUGGACACCAGCUUGCGAAUCGAGCCGGGUACCGACGUGUUCGUGGCCGGCUGGGGAAAAACCUUAAGCGGAAAGAGCAGCCAAGUGAAGCAGAAACUCAACCUGCCGGUGUUCAGCAAGCACGAGUGCGUGGCGAAAUACCGCGACCUCGGCGCAGACAUCACGGACAAGCAGCUCUGUGCCGGCGGUAACUUCGCCGAAGACGCCUGCCGAGGGGACUCCGGUGGACCCCUCAUGAGGAGAACCCCGUCCGGACAAUGGGAGGCCGUCGCCGUGGUCUCCUUCGGCUACGGCUGCGGACGCGACGGCUGGCCGGGCAUCUACACCGCCGUCCAGGGCUACAUAGACUGGAUACAGAACACGCUGCGCUCCACUAACGUCUAAAAGUUGCCAUAAUCGACUCAAUAAUGAGUCUUUCAGAUACUCGAGGUUUUCUCAUUUUCGCAUAGAAACCAACUAGAACAAAUAAAUGUGUUUUAUAAA